AUGGAUAACAUAAAUUUGACGGAAGAUUCACAACAAGAAAAGGCGAAAGGAGCAUAUGAAUUUUGGAAUGUUCGAGAAACGACAGUGCUGAUUCGACUUCUCGUUGACGGUAUUAAUCAAGGGUGGCGUGACAAAAAUGGGAGCAUGAGCAAAAUGACUGUGGAAAAAAAGAUUCUACCGGUUUUGAAUGCCACAGUUGGUUGCCAAAAAACUCAUAAGCAUUAUUUAAGUAAAAUUAGGAGUUUAAAGAAGCUAUAUAAGAGCAUGCAAGACCUGACUCGAUUCAGUUCUGGAUUUGGAUGGGAUCCCAUAUCUAAAAAGUUUACAGCUCCUAACCACGUGUGGGAUGAUUACGAAAAGGCACAUCCAACUAAGAAGAGUAUGCGAGAUGAAACUUUUGAAGAUUAUGAAGACUUACAGCUAAUAUUUGAGCAAGGAUUAGCUACCGGAAAAAAUGCUAUCGGUUUAGGAGACGAUACCGAUGCACAAACAUUUGGAGCCAAAGAUGAUGAGCCGUUUGAAUUAGAUCCUACAUCUUUUGAAUAUGUGGAGAAAGAAGGAUCUCAAGCAUCAGGGUUCUCCAAUUCAACUUUGCUAAGAAGCACAAAAGGCCCAUCACAGAAGGCACCCCCUAAAAAGAGAGCUAAAGGUGUCGAAGGUGAAGAAUCCAGUAACUCAAACAUGGAUGGUAGCCAUAUGGAGAAGUCUUUUAAUGAAAUGAUUGAGAUAAGCAAUCAGAUUGUUAGUUUGAUUCAACAAAGAGAAGAAAGACAACAAAGAGAAGCCAACUUGAGAGAAGUGGAGAAAAACAAGAAUAAUAUCUGGGAAGCAAUCAAAGAAAUUUCUGGCUUGGAGGAAGAUGUUCAAUAUGAUACUUUGAAAGAACUUCACAAAUGGGGGAUGAAAGACGUGUUCAUCAACAUGUCUGUUGAAGAACGUAUGGGAUGGAUACGAAGGAACGUUAAAUGA